UCCGGAAACGCGUUUGUCGUUGCGCGAAACCAAGAAGGACGCGUAUGGUUUUAAGAGUGUUCGGACUUGGAUUCUGCUGAAACUCGGCACGGAAUUAAGAGUUCGUCGCUGUUCGCGAGGUUCGUGGUGGGGAAGGAUGAAUCAGCUGGAACAUCUAAAGGAUGAAGAGGAGGAGGAGGAGUCGGUGUGCUCCAGAGAGGACGUUAUCAGGAACAACAUCAACCGCUUUAAGGCAGUGUGUCCUGGUGCCGGAGAACAUCCACUACAGUAUAAUUACACAUUCUGGUACAGCAGAAGAACUCCCAGUCGACCAGCCAACACUCAGAGCUAUGAACAGAACAUCCGACAGAUCAGCACUGUGGCAUCGGUGGAGCAAUUCUGGAAGUUCUACAGCCAUCUGGUCCGACCAGGAGACCUGACCGGUCACAGCGACUUUCACCUGUUUAAAGAAGGAAUCAAACCAAUGUGGGAGGAUGAGGCUAACCGUAGUGGAGGUAAAUGGAUAAUUCGUCUUCGUAAAGGUCUGGCCAGUCGCUUCUGGGAGAACAUCAUCCUUGCCAUGCUGGGAGAGCAGUUUAUGGUGGGAGAGGAGAUCUGUGGCGUGGUGGUUUCCAUACGCUUCCAGGAGGACAUUCUCUCUAUCUGGAAUAAGACAGCCAGUGACCACACAACCACAUCGAGAAUCAGAGACACUUUGAGACGAGUUUUGAACCUUCCUCCCAACACCAUCAUGGAGUACAAGACUCACAACGACAGCAUCAAGGAUAACUCAAGCUUCAGGAACACAAAGAUCACCCUGUGACGAGGAGAUGCUGCUGUCCAGUCAAAAGAGACAUUUCCUUCAACAUUCAGAUGCUGAUCACCUGGCUUGUCAUUGGCCAGUCGGUAGCUCAGAUGAUUCCUAUGGGACCAGUCUGGAGACAGAGAGUGAAGUGUGUGUGUGUGUGUGUGUGUGUGUGUGUGUGUGUGUGUGUGUGUGUGUGUGUGUGUGUGUGUGAGAAAGACCAAGUGCAGAUGUGUAUGGUGAUUGUGUGUGGAGCAUUUACAGUAUGCUUGUGUAUAUAUAGUGUCACAUCUCUUCUUGAUACAAAUGAACUCGAUGUGUCUGUCCUGUGUGUGUGUGCGCGCGCGUUUGAUUCCUGAUGUGUUGAAUAAACUGACUGAAGUG